UGACAAACAAAAUGACAUAAUUCCAUUAGUAUCUACGAGCAAUUUUUUCCACACAACACACGCAGCGUAAAGUUAAAAUCAUAUUGCAAAUUGUAUUAAGAAAUUCAUAAAAAUGUUGGUGAAAAAGACCUAUUUGCGAAAAAUUGUUUAGUUUUCGUUUUCAUUUAAUGGAUUCGCGACUAGCAACACAAAAAUGAAUUGAAAUUAUCGGAUACAUUUUGCAGCGUCGGAAAAGUUGGUGUCACACCAGCGAGGAAAAAAAUACGAAAACGAUUAAAGAGAAACACAAAAAAAUCGAGAAGAACGCGAACGAAAGAAAGUGCAAAAAACAGUUGACAAUAAAUAACAGUUAGAAAGAAAUACACGGAGUGAAUCGCUCGCCCAAGAAAAGAAGAAUUGGAAAAGGAGUACGAUAAGAAUAGUUUGGAAUUUUUAUAAAUAUUGAAAAAAUCAAGUGGAAUUUCGAUGAAAGUCACUCUCUUCUGUAGUUAAUGUAACAGUGCUGACAGGAAAAUCAAUUUGCAUACGGUCUCAGAAAAGCUGCACUGCUCUGCAGCGUAAAACGCUUGGUCGUUUUGCUUGAGGCAGACACACAAACAAGAAGUUAGCUGUCACAAAGUUUGCCAACUAACUGCCAUCGGUGGAAAAAUUCAAUCGACCCAGUUGUAGCCCUUGCGACUCCUUACACCCAUUGGCUCACAUGUUCAAACCGGCCAAAAAGAGUGCAGACCAUCCGAAAUAACACUUUGCUGAGAUCUAUUAUUUUUUCACCUCCAGACAUUCGCAAGGAUUAAUUUAAACCCAACAUGGCGUAUCGGAAACCAAGUGAUUUAGAUGGCUUUAUUCAGCUGAUGCCAAAAGCAGAUAUGCGAGUCAAAGGACAGUUAGCGGAAGAUCUCGUUACAUUCCUGAGCGACGAUACAAAUUCCAUCGUUUGUAUGGAUAUGGGCCUUCUGGUUGACGGCCUUAUGCCUUGGUUAACAGGAAGUCAUUUUAAAAUUGCACAAAAAUCUUUGGAGGCUUUUACGGAACUCAUCAAACGGUUGGGCCCUGAUUUUAAUGCCUAUACGUCGACAGUAUUGCCGCAUGUUAUAGACCGCCUAGGGGACAGCAAAGACACAGUACGGGAGAAGGCGCAGCUGCUGCUCCAGACUUUAAUGGAACAUAAGGUUCUUACCCCGCAGGUCUUGCUCGACAAGUUGGCAGCUAGCUGCUUUAAGCACAAGAAUGCAAAAGUCCGAGAAGAAUUUUUACAGACCAUUGUGAACACGCUCAGUGUCUACGGAACAUCGCAACUUAGUGUACGGAAUUACAUACAAUCCAUCUGCGUUCUGUUGGGAGAUCCCACAGUGUCGGUACGUGACUCAGCCAUACAAACCUUAGUGGAAAUAUAUAAACACGUAGGUGAUCGCUUGCGGCCCGAUUUAAGACGGCGAGAUGAUUUACCAGCUUCCAAAUUGGCCAUACUAGAGCAGAAGUUUGAUCAAAUAAAAAACGAUGGACUUUUACUAAAGUCGGCGCAACUAUCCACACAAACACACAACAACAACAAUGGCCACGAUGAGGCAGACAACAUAGCGGCUCGAGACAGACCUACAAAAAUUGUAAAACGAACUGUUUCGGCCACGAUGAGAAGCAAAAACAAUAUUGCGGCGGACAGUGCGGCCGAUGCAGGCGCUGUAACAAUGGAAAUUUUUGAGGCCUCUUUUGAAGCCGUACCUCAUCUAAAUAUUUUUCAUCCAAAGGACAUGGACGACAUUUAUAAAAAUAUAUUAGCUAUCAUAAGUGACAAAAAUGCCGAUUGGGAUAAACGCGUUGAUGCGCUAAAGAAAAUACGCUCUUUGCUUCUACUAAAUAUACAGUCACAACCCCAAUUCGUGACAGUUCAGUUGAAGGAGUUGUCGAUAUCAUUCCUAGACAUACUGAAGGAGGAAUUACGUUCGCAGGUUAUCAGAGAGGCUUGCAUUACCAUAGCGUACAUGUCAAAGGUACUGCAACAGAAGUUGGACAAAUUUUGCGAGUACAUUAUGGAACAGUUAAUACUAUUGAUUCAGAACUCUGCAAAAGUCAUUGCUUCUGCUUCGACGUUAGCUGUGAAAUACAUUAUAAAGUACACGCAUGCGCCAAAGUUGGUAAAAAUUAUAGCAGAUAUGCUGCAGACGUCCAAAUCCAAAGAUAUUCGUGCUGCUUUGUGCGAAAUUGUCUGCCUGUUGUGCGAGGAGUGGCCCACAAAAGCUAUCGAAAAGAGUGCUCCGCUUUUGCGCGACACCUUAAAGAAAUCCAUUUCCGAUGCUGAUAGUGAAGCUCGACGGCAUUCUAGACGCGCUUAUUGGGUAUACAGACGCCAUUUCCCUGACUUGGCCGAUCAAAUAUAUGGCACUCUCGAUAUAGCAGCCCAAAAGGCUUUAGAGAGAGAAAGAGAUGGUGGGACAAGUGGCGGUGGAACAGAUGAGCGACGAGCAACAGUAGCAACUGCUCGCAUUCAACGUUCUCCAGGCUCUAUUCAGAAGCCCACACCGGGAAUGCGAAGUGUUUCUGCAGUGGAUACAGCUGCAGCAAAUCGAGCAAAGGCAAGAGCUCAAUAUGCGUUCCUUGCACGCAAAAAGGCUGCAAAUACCGCUAGCACAGCAAAUUCUACACCCAGUAGUGCAACUGGAUCUUUACCACGUUCAAGACUGGGAACUGGAUCACAACCACAAAGUUCUCAACAGCCAGCUGCGACAAAUAACAGCAGUGUUUCUCCCAGGGUUCGUGGUCGAGCAGGUGUCUCACAAUCACAACCCGGGUCCAGGUCCACAUCACCAAGCUCCAAACUACGGGAACAGCAUGGUAUUGCCUCAUAUUACAGGCCUACUGGCACCAUACCCAAGAAAGCAUCAGGCAUUCCCAGAUCUCUGGCCAGUUCUCGGGAAACCAGUCCCACGAGGGGUGGAGGUGGAGUGAUUAUGAAACGCAGCAUGUACGCAACUGGAAACUCGCGUCGGACGCCGGAGCGCAAUCAACCCACGCGACAAUUGGCAGCAGCUCGUUUGCUUCAACAGAGUCGGGAUGCCGAAAAUGCUCUUGCGGACGCUUUAUCCCCCGACGGCAGUGGUGGAGAUUACGCUUCCAUGGGUGACUAUAGUCGAGAUCGUGGUUACUCUGCUGGUGCUCGAUUGAGCAGAAAGCUAAUGAAUCGUGAUGAAUCGGAUGAUUCUGAAGCUUCAUCGGUUUGUUCCGAAAGAUCCUUUGACUCGUCGUACACAAGAGGCAACAACUCAAAUUAUUCCCUGUCAGGCUCGAGAAAUCGUUUGGACUGGAGUUUCCUUAGGCCUCCAUUCGAAGAUAUAGAUACUAUUAUUCAGUACUGUGCUUCGACUCACUGGUCUGAACGCAAAGAUGGUCUCAUUAGCCUGACGCAUUACUUGGCCGACGGCAAGGAACUUACACCACAGCAGCUGCAAUUGGUAUUGGAUACGUUCCGUAAGAUGUUCAUGGAUACGCACACCAAAGUAUACUCGCUUUUCCUGGAAACAGUAACAGAAUUGAUAUUGGCCUACUCUAACGAUCUGCAUGAUUGGUUGUUUAUCUUACUGACUCGCCUUUUUAAUAAGUUGGGCACUGAAUUGCUGAACUCAAUGCAUGGUAAAAUCUGGAAGACACUGCAAGUGGUUCAUGAAUAUUUUCCGACAGAUCUCCAAAUGAAAGACGUCUUCCGUAUUCUGUCUGACACGGCCCAGACUCCAUGUACCAAAACUCGUAUUGCAAUUUUGAAGUUUCUUACCAGCCUGGCAAAUACCUACUGUAAAAAUACCGACUUUCCAGGAUCAGAUGAUGGCACUGUUUUGCCAAUCGUCGAAAAGGCCCUUCUGAAAAUCGUUCAAAUGGCUGGCGAUCAAAAAAGCCUCGAGCUGAGGAAUCAAGCACGACAUUGCUUGAUUGCCUUAUACAAUCUGAACACUCCACAAAUGACAAGGGUGUUGUCAACCCUGCCCAAGGCGUGCCAAGACUCGGCCAAGGUUUGUAUUCAGACACACUUGCGACGCAGUAGUACAUCUGGCACAAAUUCUCCUUCAUCUUCGCCUCUAUCGAGCUCAAGUCCGAAGCCAUUGCAAAGUCCCAACGUGAGUGGCCCAUUUUCCUCACUACAGCCACAAUUUACUAGUCCUAGAUCGCGCCAGUCCUCUGUCACCGACAAUGACUUAUUGGGUUAUUCAGAAGUCGACGUACAACAGAAUAUCCAGAAGACAACAGAAGAAAUUCGAAAUUGCUUUGGUGGCUUCGACACACAAUAUAAUUCUUUGGCCAACAAUUCCAACGGCGGGGCGGGCUACAAUGGCCACGCGAGCGAGGCGAUCGACUCUUGUGCGUCGUCCAAUUCCAAGACUCAAUCGGCAACCACAACCGAAUCUAAUACUCCGGAAAGCACCACAAUGCGUCUGGACGGAAACCUUCUCGAACAGCAUCACAAAAUGACAACUAGUGCUCUAGGCUCAGCUUUAGCCCAAACAAAUUCUUCGUCAAAUUACGUAGAAUUUAAGUUUGCCGACAAUGGUGAAAUAAUCUUGCAGAAUGGCGUUCAAGAAAGUGAAAUAAUUAAAAUAGCUCUUAGUCUCACGCCCGACAUGCCUGCCCAACAGGUCCAGUCGUCAUUGUACAACCUGUCUGUCUGCAUCAAAGGCGGAAAUUGUGAAUUGCCAAACAAACACUUCCGGGCGAUCAUGAAGAUGCUGCUUAAUAUGUUGGAUGCCACUUCUAACGAAGUGGUUGUGGAGGCCCUUCACGUUCUCAGCAAGAUCUUGCGUCGUCCUCAUAUGAAGCCUAACUGGAUUAAUUUCGUUGAGCUGAUACUCCUGAAAAUUAUUAACUGUUACCCUAAGAGCAAAGAGACAAUGCGGGAGCUAGACAUGAUAAUACCACGAAUCGUGCCAGCGCUUCCACUUAAUCUAACCAUAAACAUCGUUAAUCCUGUGAUUGCCACAGGUACGUAUCCAGUGAAUCUGUGUGCCUUGAAAUUGCUUACCGAGUUGGCAGAUCGCCAUGGCUCCGAGUUGACAGAAACCCAACUGGAAAUGGUGUUUCCACAUUUGGCCCGACUUACAGACGAUUAUCAGUCAAUGGUACGCAAAGCAGCCGUAUUUUGCAUCGUCAAGUUGUACAUUGUGAUGGGCGAGGAGAAAGUAAAGCCAAAGUUGACCAUGCUGAAUCCAAGCAAAGUUCGUCUACUCAACGUCUAUAUUGAAAAGCAACGCGGGAUAACUAGCGGUGGCGGCAGUUCAACAAAGAAUUCUUCAGCAUCUUCCUCAUGAUUGUCGCGCGCCCUCCAACAACAGCAGCAAAUGGAUAUAGGCGACGUUAGAUACUAAAUCGUGUUUUAUUUUCUAGGUAGAAACAACAGUAGUUGGCGAAUGUCAGACACACAAUCAAUACGUACGGAACUGUUUCCUUUCAACAGUCUGAGGCUGAGUACACGGAUGCGUUUUAAGAGAUUCCAUCGACGACCACAAUUGCUUUGCUGUGGCCCCCUGUUUUCUUUUUCAUCUGGGCCCUGCCAAUAACUGUGCAUCAAUUUAAAUUGUUAUCGGUUCUAAACCAUCCUAAAAUCACAAAAAACGACGUGUUUUUGUUGUCACUGCAACGGAAAAUAAUAACGUAACCAUUAUUGGCAUUAGGCGGCAAGAGACGUCGUCAGUCAGCAACUCUAUCUACCUUAGUAACAAUUCACCACAACUCUCGGUUAAGUGCAUUUUGUUUUAGUUACUCGCUACUAAGUUUUAACUUCUUUUUAUACAGACUUCUUUACUUUAUUUAACUUUUUUGUUCUCUGCUCUUUUGUCUUUCCUAAUUUUUACGUUUAACUUCCCUAAAUCAUAUUUAUAUAUGUUUUAUUUUUUUAUUAUAAGUGAAAAAUCCUACAAUAAUGCACCUCUUUAUGUUCGUCAUAUAACAAAUUUAUACGUUUUCUUCAUAUGCCUACAACUCGAAACCCUACUACGAAAAUAACAACUCAGACCUUUGUAAUUAAUUUUGUCUAAAUUUAUUUUAAUUCCUUUUUUAAUUUAAGUUAUACAUCUAAUGGUAAAUACAUACAUAGUAUAAUAUUAAUAAUAUAAUAAAGAAAAAAAUUAUUAAUAAUAAAAAAUCUCAAAUAAUAUUUAUAGUGAAGAAAAAACGAAAACCAACAACAAAUUAUGAAACUACUUCAUUUUAAAUGUUUGAAUCAUUCAUAUCGUAUCGUUCAUAUAUCAGACGAAGUUGCAAAUAAGUUCAAAUUCAGCUGGAUGGAUAAAGACGCCUGUACAUUCGAAUUGUCAGACCGAUAUCUAGUUGUCUUGUACGCAAAACAUUUACAUGAUUUUUAGAUAUUUCAUUAAGGAAUUGUAUACAUUUGGAAAUUGUUUUGAUUUUUUGUGUUUAUCCGUCUUCGAUGCGUACGGCUGCAGUUCAUAUAUAGGAAAAGCUUGCAUUUGUGCUUUAGUCAUUACAAUUGCUUGUGCAGUGGAUAGAUCAUCGGACCAGUUUCUCCCCAACAUCAUAUGAUACGAAAAACGUCAAUGGUUGAAUCAUCCAACGGUGAUGACGAUCCAAAGUUUCAUAAGUUAGCUUUUUGCAUUAUUUAUUUAAAAUUUAUGAAUUAAUAACAUAUAUGUCCUGUAGGUUAGCAAUGCAAAUAUAUAAACCUAAAACUUACUAUGUAAACACAUGCAAACGAA